GCGGGUGAAAGGACUCUGUUUCCCAGCAGCCCCCGCGCGUGCGUGCCUGGCUGCAUUAGCUCACGCGGCUCUCAGCGCUGAGUCGAGGAUCUGAGUCUCAAACACGGAGCUUUAGCCACAGAGAGAGCCACAGAGAGAGCCGGGAGCCGCACUCAUCCCCGGGCACACGGCACAGCCCCGGUCACUCGUCCCGGUCACUCGCCCUGGUCACUCCUGUCCCGGGCCGGACUCUUUAGAGCAGCGGGAAGUGCGCAGGUCUGAGCCCAGAGACACGAUGGAGCCGAGAGACUCUGCCCCUGACUCCUGGGAACAGGAGGACGAAGUGGACGGUCAGCUGGGACCGGCCCUGACCACACUCAACGUCAACGCCAAACCCUUUGUGCCCAACGUCAACGCCGCGGAGUUUGUCCCGGGAUUCACCGCGAAAGAGCCUCCGGACAGCCGCGGGGUGGAGGUGUCGGUGGAGGCCCUGUCCAGUGUGGAGGUGUCGGACGGUGCUCCAGUGGAGAACGGUGACGUAGACAUAACCAUAGAACAGCCCUGGGACCAGAAAGAAGAAGAGACCAGCGAGGAGGAGCCGGGGGGCAGGGGUCUGGACGAGGCCGCCUCCGAGGGGGCCUCAGAGGGGGCCUCCGAGGGCCUGGACGAUGAGGAGGAGGUGACAGCACCCAAACCACAGCCCCCAGCCCAGCCCGAUGCACCCAAGAAGGAGCACAUCAAUGUGGUGUUCAUCGGCCACGUGGAUGCUGGAAAGUCCACCAUCGGAGGACAGAUCAUGUACCUGACGGGGAUGGUGGACAAGAGGACACUGGAGAAGUACGAGAGGGAGGCCAAGGAGAAGAACAGAGAGACCUGGUACCUGUCCUGGGCGCUGGACACUAACCAGGAGGAGAGGGACAAAGGGAAGACGGUGGAGGUGGGGAGGGCCUACUUUGAGACCGACAAAAAGCACUUUACCAUCCUGGACGCCCCGGGACACAAAAGCUUCGUCCCAAACAUGAUCGGAGGAGCCUCUCAGGCGGACCUGGCUGUGCUGGUGAUCUCAGCGAGGAAAGGAGAGUUUGAGACGGGCUUUGAGAAGGCCGGGCAGACGCGGGAGCACGCCAUGUUGGCCAAAACGGCGGGGGUCAAGCACCUCAUCGUCCUGGUCAACAAGAUGGACGAUCCCACGGUCAACUGGAGUCUGGAGAGAUAUGAAGAGUGCAAAGAGAAACUUAUGCCAUUCCUAAAGAAAGUGGGCUUCAACCCAAAGAAAGACAUUCACUUCAUGCCCUGUUCAGGGCUGACGGGGGCCAACCUGAAGGACCCCACGGACCUGUGCCCCUGGUACACAGGUUUACCUUUCAUUCCACACCUGGACAGUCUGCCAAACCUGAACAGAUCCAGAGACGGGCCGGUCAGACUGCCCAUCGUAGACAAGUAUAAGGACAUGGGCACGGUGGUGCUGGGCAAACUGGAGUCGGGCUCCAUCAUCAAAGGCCAGCAGCUGGUGAUGAUGCCCAACAGGCACGUGGUGGAGGUGCUGGGUCUACUCUCAGAUGAGGUGGAGACAGAAGAUGCAGGACCAGGGGAGAACCUGAAGAUCCGACUCAAAGGCAUCGAGGAGGAGGAGAUCCUGCCCGGCUUCAUCCUGUGCACCCCGGACAACCUGUGCCACUCGGGACGCAUCUUUGACGCACAGAUCGUGAUCAUCGAGCACAAGUCCAUCAUCUGUGCGGGUUAUAACGCCGUGCUGCACGUGCACACGUGCAUCGAGGAGGUGGAGAUCACGGCCUUCCGCUGUUUGGUCGACAAAAAGACGGGCGAGCGGAGCCGCACGCGACCGCGCUUUGUCAAACAGGAUCAGGUUUGCAUCGCCCGACUGCGAGCCGCAGGGACCAUCUGUCUGGAGACGUUCAAAGACUUUCCUCAGAUGGGACGCUUCACCCUGAGGGACGAAGGAAAGACCAUCGCCAUCGGGAAGGUGCUGAAGCUGAUCACAGAGCGGGACUGAAGGUCUCGGAACCUCCUGAUGACCUCCUGAUGACCUCGUGAUGACCUCCUCAUGGUGGUUCUUCUGUCCACAGCUCUGUCCUCUGAGGCAGAGACCAGACAAACUUAUGGAAAAUCCAGCCCGUUUUUACUAGACCAAGAACAAGUCCACACGAGUCGGCUUUCUCAUAUUGAGAGCUCAGCUAUGCCAUUCACCCAAACACAUUUACAUUUCCAUUUUCUUCCAUCUUUUUGUGCAAACAAACAUGACACUGACCCAUGGUAGUGGGAUCUGUGGUCAGACGUGGACCAGAGUUUUGCUUGGAGAAUGAUCUUGAGCGUAAAUUGCAGAUGAAUGAUUUGAAUCCCUGAGACCAGAGUCUCCUUUGCUUUGACCGUUUGGUUGUGUGGCGUUCAGCGGUGUGCUCGAGCGCGUGCAAAUGUGAUUAAAGCCACAACUAUGACAAUAAACGUCUAACAUUGGGAA